CGACACACACUCAUCCAACCCUUGAUCGAUCAAGAACAAGCAAGGUUACACCAACUAACUAGCUACCUCGGCAAUGACCUCCUCAUCCUCUAUCUUGCUCACCGCAGCAACGUUGGCGGCACUACUAGCUAUUGGUUCAUGUGCCACUGAGCUCACCUUCACGGUCGGAAAGGGCUUCGGCGUCAACAGUUUGGUCCUUGUCACCAAUGUCGCGAUCUCUGAGGUGGAGGUCAAGGAGAAAGGUGCCCCUGACUGGACGGAGCUUAAGGAGUCGCCGACCAACACCUGGACACUCGACAGCAAGGCAGCACUUAAAGGCCCCUUCUCGGUCCGCUUUGCCGUCAAGAAUGCCGGAUACCGCGUUGUCGAUGAUGUCAUCCCUGCUGAAUUUAAGACCGGCUCCGUCUACAAGAGUGGCAUUAAGAUUUAAGUAGACAUGCAUGGCCUUGUGCCACAUUGAGAUUAUUGACCUCUAAACAAUUCUUUUAAGAGAGGCCAAGCUGCUAUGCGAGUGAGGAAUAAUUAACUUUAUAUGGUUAUUUUGUGGCAACUGUCCAUCAACAAAAUAAAGCAUAUAUACAUGUACCCUUCAUGCAUGUUGCUGUGGAGCUAUAUGUGUGCAGAAUUUUGAAUUAUAUAUUUUAUAUAAGAUUGAUUGGAAAAAUGGUAUAAUUGGCCAAACUUCA